AUUGAUCAUUUUUUGAACUCAUGCGCGAUUGAAAUAAAGUUUUUUUUUUUUUGUCAAAAAUUAAUUUAGAUCAUACCAACAGAAAUAUGCGUUCUCUAUUAUACAAUUUUAUACCACUUGUUACUCUAUUGAUGAUUGACAACUGUUAUUCAGCAGAUACUAAAGUGAAAUAUUAUCAUCAAUACAAACGAUCAUCAGUACCUCCAGUAUCAAAACCAACAGUAGUUAUUGUAAAUAGACAAGAAGAAGGGAUCGCUCAGCAAUUAAACAACUUGGAUGUAGUGACUUUAACCUCGAAUUUUAUUGUGACACAAACUAGUACUUACUAUUCCAUUUCAUCUUCGAUUACAACAAUUGAUCAUCCAUCAACGACUUCCUUAGCAAUAGGCAAUAACAACAACGGCACUUCAACUACCUCGUCAGAUACUACCAUUUUAGUUGGAUCACUUGUCGGAGGCUUAAGUGGUUUGAUUCUUAUAGGUACUUUGGUAUUUUUACACUUUAUACGUGUGUCACCUGACAAACUCAUUGACGGAUGGUUUCUUUUUUUUGUCUUGUUUUCUCUCUUUAUAUAGGCAUAGGGCUAUUUUUAUUUUUUCGAAAACGCGAUCAUCAAUCAUCAGGGCCGACGUAUUCUAUUAACAAGGAUAUGGAUGAAGAUGGUGGUGGAUUCAGUCGAUCAUCUUAUUCACGAUUUGUUCCUCCUCAUCUUGUAUAUCAACAGCAACCAAUAGCCUCCUUAUCAACACCUACGACAACUACUUUAACUUUAUCAGAUCAACAACAACAUCGUCAGUCCUUUCCUUAUCCUUAUCAUCCUCAACCAUCUGAUGACCCUACCAAUUAUUACGAUACCACCAUACCCACUACCGAAUUUACCUACAACGACAAUACAAGACAUGUUCCAGAUGAGAUCGACUCAUUGCCUCGAAUGGACCGGCAUGUUCCAAAUUUGGUUGAUUAGGUACCCCUCC